AUGAAGUUCGGGUUCUCAUCUUCCGCUGUGACGGCUGUUACUCUGGGUGCGGCUUUGAGUGCAGCGCAAUGUCCGGACUAUACGACUUACUCGCAGAGCCCCCAGGGAGAUUCUUCCACCGGGCCUCUGGCGUUGCCGUACAUGAGGCCGGAUCCAGCAUGUCGUACGUUCAAUAGCACGGCGGCGGAGUAUGUCAUUACAAACAUGACAUCGCGGCUGAAAGACCCGGACAUCGCACGCUUGUUCGAAAACACGUUUCCAAAUACGCUCGACACUACCAUCAAGUACUUCGACGCGACGGAGAACCUCGCCUUCGUGAUCACUGGUUGGCUCCGGGACACAGGAAACCAGCUUGCCCAAUACCACUACCUGUACACGCAGGACUCGGAGCUGGCAACGCUUGUCAAGGCUAUCAUCAACAACGAGGCUCGUUAUGUCUCGCAGUACCCAUACUGCAGCGCCUUCCAACCUCCACCCGAGAGCGGUCUGAGCCCUACGGUGAAUGAUUGGGCUAUUGACGUACUGGUGAACCCUCCGGUAGACAACCAAACGGUCUAUGAAUGCAAGUACGAACUCGACUCGCUGUGUUCUUUCAUGAAACUUUCGCGGUCGUACUAUCAAGCAACGAAUGAUUCAUCCUUCAUGAAUGACAAUUGGUUGGGCGCGAUAUCGCAGAUCAUGCGUCUGAUCUGGGAACAGUCUCAACCAACCUUCGAUGAGAACUGGAACCUCAUCUCGUACUACAACUGGACAGGUGAGGCAGGGUCGCUUGCAGGGGCAGUCAACAACGGCGGAAAUGGUGAGCCGAAGGCGUACACUGGCUUGAUCGGAACACACCACAGACCAUCCGACGACCUGUCCACAUUCGCCUUUCUCAUACCUGCAAAUGCGAUGCUCACGGUAGAACUUGGGUAUCUUGCGGACAUCCUUGACUCUGCCGGUCUAGCGAGCGGUGUUAGCAAGGCUGCUAGGGAGUACGUUACAAACAUCACCGAGGCCAUCUGGGAGCACACACUAGUAAACAAUAUCUUCGCGUAUGAAACAAACGGCUUCGGUGGUCGAUAUGUCAUGGACGACGCCAACGUACCGUCUCUGAUGUCCCUGCCGUACCUUGGGUUCCUAGACAAGGAGCAUCCGGCGUACGUUGCAACCAGUGGAGUCCUGAUGUCUCGGGCGAAUCCAUACUACGUGGUGGGUAAGAAUUUCAGCGGUAUCGGCGGACCUCAUGAGGAUGCCUGGAAUCCUUGGCCCAUGUCACUCAUUUCGGCCAUAUACGGAACCGACGACGACAAUGAAAUCAUAAACUAUUUGUAUCUAAUCGCGAACAAUACCGACGGUCUGGGGCUCAUUCACGAGUCCAUAGACAUAUACGACGGCUCAUACACUCGUCCGUGGUUCGCGUGGGCAAACAGCUACUUCUCAGAGAUGUUGCUUGAUCUCGCGAGUCGAAAACCAUACCUGAUCUUAACGACGACGAACCGUACGUUCCGGGUCAGUGAUUCAUAG